AAAUUUAGAAUCAAAACACAAACAAUAGCAACAGAAACCAUGUGCUUUUGAAAUGUCAAAAUUAAGUUUACAACAGUUUUGUGUAAACAAAAAGAUUGCUUUUAUUAUUGGCAGUCUUGGGACAUUGGCUGCAGCUUAUAGCAUCUAUUUGUUGACACGUGAGCGGAACAAGCCUGAUGAAUAUUUUGUAACUUUGAAUUGGAAGGGUGGUAGUUCCCAAAGACGUAUAUUGAUAUUAGGUCUCAAAGGUGCAGGGAAGACUAGACUCUUGCAAUGUUUUCAGAAGAGCUCAUACCCUGGCAAUAUUCUACCUGUUCCAGAUCCAUCAAUUGGUUUUAACAUCCAUUCUGUAGGAAUAUGUGGUGUUGAUUAUCACUUCUGGGAAGGUAACGAGACAUCAGGACAAUGUGCACAUCACCUGGGUAUAACUGGCAGCGUGGACAUGUUCGUAUGGGUGGUGGAUAGCUCUAAACCCUCAUUAUUUGCUGAAUCACGUGCAGCGAUGCACGAGUUCCUAAACGAGUGUGAUACAAUACAGUCAUUAGAAUCGAAAGAUUGCAUGAGUCAAGUUGGAUCACCUCUGGUAAUCGUAGCAUCCAAACAGGAUAUAGAGGGCAGUGUAUCAGCAACCGACUUGUUACUGGCCAUGAACGUAGAGAAUAUACAAAAAAAACAUAAAGUGUAUACAGUCGGGACUCAGUUACCAGAUGCUGGUAAACGUAAGGGUUUGUGGCGACUUUACGAGCUUGUUGCAUACGCAGAGCAGAAGAGAUACACACCUAGUAAAACUACACCUGAAUUAGAUGACAUAGAUUAAUAAUAAACUAUAACAUAGAAACAUGA